UUGUUGGAGACUAACGUUGACGGCCAGAUAGCUUAGGGCACAGAAGACGGCGACGGCUAUCCAGCAGAGCAAGAGCGCGAUCAACGAGGCGUACGGAAUUCUGCCAAGGCAGUCACCGCCGGACAGCGUCAUGAUUGUCGUCUGUCCGUGCCGACCCCUUCAAACGCUGUCGUCGUCGUUAAUCAACCAGGCCACACAAAAAAUGCUGCAAAUUGGUCUUUUCGUCGCAGCAAAUAGCAUCAGCCACUCAAAACAGGUCCCUAAAAUCUAA